AUGACGACGACGAGAACUUUGACCGGCUGUUUCUGCUCCUCCUCUUCUUCUCGCGCUUCUUUGACCACGAACAACAAAAACAAAAACGUUUUACUAGAUGAUGAUUGUAAGGGGAAAUCGAGGACGUCAUUGGCGCGCUCGAGUGCGAAUCUUCGCGCGAGCGGGAAACGACGACGAGGCGCGCGCGCGAAUGCGGUCGUCCUCAAAGCAGCGGCGGGAAUCUCUCCCGCGACGGAACGAGGCGGAGGCACCCCAAAAGCGGAUUUAGAAUCCUCUCGAGGCGCGUGUUCCGUCGUGAGUCCGAAAUAUUCGCCGGAAAGCAUACGACAGAAAACGUUAUUCAAUACGCCGUUUGAAUCCGCGCAAACGUUUUUACGAUUGAUUGAAAUCACCUGGUCCGCGGGCGUGUUCGCCGGGUCUUUGUUGUACGACGAAAUCAACGGCGUGGGCGACCGAAACGUGAGAGAAAGGAGCGAACAACUGAGAGUCGGGUUGGCGUCGCUGGGGCCGUCGUUCGUGAAAGCGGGGCAGGUGUUGGCGAACAGGCCGGACGUGGUCAGAGCGGAUUUUAUGGAGGAGCUGACGAAGUUGCAAGACGACGUGCCGGCGUUUAAAACGGAGGAGGCGUUUGCCAUCAUCGAGAAGGAGUUGGGGAAAUCGGUGAAGGAUUUGUUCGAGGAGAUUACGCCGGAACCGAUCGCCGCGGCGAGUUUAGGGCAAGUGUAUAAAGCGAAACUGAAACAAACCGGGGAAACCGUGGCGAUUAAAGUCCAGCGACCUGGGAUUGAGCCGAUUAUUUACCGAGAUUUGGUUUUGUUUCGCAUUCUCGGCGGGUUCGUCAACGGCGUGGCGAGGAAACGUUUGGGAUGUAACGCCGAGUUAAUCGUGGACGAGUUUGGAGAAAAGUUGUUGGAAGAGCUGGAUUACGUUCAAGAAGGCAGGAAUUUAGUGGACUUUUACGAGAACUUUAAAAACGAUCCAAUCGUGAAAAUUCCAAAGUUUUACCCGGAAUAUUCCGGGAAGAAAGUGUUGGUGAUGGAAUGGAUCGACGGCGUGAGGUGCACGAACCCGAAAGAAAUUUGCGACACGUUGGACGUGGACGAGUUCAUUCGCGUCGGCGUCGUCUCUGGGUUGAGACAGUUGUUAGAGUUUGGUUUGUUUCACGGCGAUCCACAUCCGGGGAAUAUCUUUGCCAUGCGCGACGGCCGCAUCGCGUACGUCGAUUUCGGCAACGUCGCGCAGUUGACGCAACGGAAUAAAGAGGUGCUGAUCGACGCGGUGGUCCACGCGGUGAACGAAGAUUACGACGGGAUGGCGAGCGAUUUCGUCAACUUGGGAUUCUUGACCGAAGGAACGAACGUGACGCCGUUCGUCCCCGCGUUGGAACGCAUUUGGCAAGACGCUCGAACGGCGUCGUUGGAAAAGUUCAACUUUCGAACCGUCACGAGCGCGUUCAACGAGUUGGUGUACGAAUACCCGAUUCGAAUUCCCGAACGGUUUUCUUUGGUCAUUCGCUCGUUGCUGACGCAAGAAGGCAUUUGCAUGACGUUAUCACCAGAGUUUAAGUUUUUAGAAGUCGCGUACCCGUACGUCGCGAAAAGGUUGCUGACCGAUCGCGACGCCGGGUUAAGAGAACGUUUGACGCAAGUCUUAUUCGAUAGCAAAGGCAAAUUUCAAUGGAAACGGUUGGAGAAUUUAAUCGAGUUGGCGAAAACCGGCGGUGGUGAUUUGGAUUUAACCGAUACGGCGACUGAUGGUGCCGGAUUACUCUUAACCGACGAAGGGUUGAGAAAGAAACUCAUCUUAGCGUUGACCGAGGACGAUCGUUUGCGCGUGGAAGAAGUCUCCCGAUUGGUUGAUUUGUUAAGAGAAGACGUCGAUUUCGAAAAGUUGGCCAGAAACUCCGUCCAAGACGCGCCGAGAGUGGCGAGGAAGUUUCUAGAGCGGUGGUCGGAUUCCGUUUUGAAAGUUUAA